AUGUAUUUCUUUUUUCUGGUUAUUUAUGUACUUCUUUUUCUGGUUAUUUAUGCUUUCUUUUUCUGGUUAUUUGCGUACUUCUUUUUUUUCUGGUUAUUUAUGCAUUUCUUUUUUCUGGUUAUUUGGUUAUUUUUUUUUCUGGUUAUUUCUUUUUUUUUCUGGUUAUUUUAUUUUUUUUUUUCUGGUUAUUUAUGUAUUUCUUUUUCUGGUUAUUUUCUUUUUUUUCUGGUUAUUUAUGUACUUCUUUUUCUGGUUAUUUAUGCAUUUUUUCUUUCCUGGUUAUCUGCGUACUUCUUUUCUGGUUAUUUGCGUACUUCUUUUUUCUGGUUAUUUGCGUACUUCUUUUUUCUGGUUAUUUGCGUACUUCUUUUUUCUGGUUAUUUGCGUACUUCUUUUUUCUGGUUAUUUGCGUACUUCUUUUUUCUGGUUAUUUGCGUACUUCUUUUUUCUGGUUAUUUGCGUACUUCUUUUUUCUGGUUAUUUGCGUACUUCUUUUUCCUUGGGGGGGAGGAAAUAAAGGAUCAUAUGGCCAGUCCGGCCACCAAGUCAAAAGAACAGGCAAAAGUAAGACAGGCAUUAUUAACAUCUAAUGGUCCUAGUAACAGCAGAAUGGACACCCGCUACUCAAGGCUUGACACAGAGAUGGAGCGAAGUAACCAGAGGUUUAUUGAUGACAAUGAUCAGCAACAACAGAUGCUGAUCAGUAAUCAAGAUGAUCAAUUGGAUAUGAUCGGAGCCAGUGUUGGGGUUCUCAAAAACAUGAGUCACCAAAUUGGUAAUGAACUUGAUGAACAGAAUGUGAUGUUGGAAGAUUUUCACAGAGAUUUGGAGAAUGCUGAUUCCAGGUUAGAUAGCGUAAUGAAAAAAAUGGCCAAAGUGUUACACAUGUCAAAUGAUCGCCGACAGUGGUGUGCUAUCGUUGUGUUACUAGUCAUCAUGGUGGUCAUUAUCGUCUUGUUCUUUGUACUUUGA